CUCCUCACGUCUGCAGCAGCCCGGAAUCGGGGCGACUCCGAAGUGCCAAGAGGGAAGGAAGAAGCGCGCUGACAGGAAGCGGGAAAUCAGAAACGCAACCUGGUGGCAACGAAACUUGGAGCUUGUUAUCUCUGGAGAACUUUCCACGAUAAGCCAUCGCGCGCUUGUUUCCUGCAAACACCAGUGCGAUCUGUUGUCGGUCCGUUGACCCUCGCUUGGUCCGCGUGACCCCAAACCAGACUCUCCCCUUGGAGUUCGUGUCGCCGGAGCUUCUUCGCCCAGGUCGGCUGUCCAUCUUCGGCGAGAGACAGACUCGCCCCGAAUAUCCAGGAACGAGGAGAUGCGGUAACGAGAGCGAGAGAUGAUGUCGUUGACCGGCGUGAGUUAUCCCAGGCAGCCGAGCGCCAGCAGAGGUCCCCUCUGGUUGCUGUGGCUCUGUCUGUUCGCGAGCUCGGUCUCCCCGAGCCUGUCCUUCAACGUAUCCUGCUGUCCCAGGAACACGGAAUGGCUGGUCUCGCUCAAUUGCUCGGACGGCACGUCGAUCCGGCUGGAGUGCCCGAACCAAAUCUACAUGUUGGAUCCCACGCGGGACGACAACUUCACUAUUGUCCACGAGAACGACACCGUCUGGCUGCAAACGCCUGUCGAUGAUAUGAAAAUCCCGGCGGACAGAUUCUGUACAACCAGAACGAUGUACAACAAACCGGUUGCCCUGGUGUGUUUCGACGAGGAGCUGAUGGAAGAGAGCGUGGUGAAGACGUGGAAAACCACGUUAAUUUGCAUCGUCAGCCUCAUCUCGGCGAUCUUCCUGAUCAUCACCCUGGCGAUUUAUGUUAUAUUGCCGGAAUUGCGGGAGUUACAGGACAAGGCGAUGAUGGCUGCUGUUACAACUUUGGCGGUCAGCUACACUAUCCUCUCCAUUCAGCAUUUACGGUCGAACUUUGAGGACGACUACGUCAUCUGCGUUUCUCUCGGAUUUAUAUUGUACUUCUCCUUCAUGUCUGCGUUCUUCUGGUUGAACAUCGUGGCCUUCAACGUGUGGCGAUGCGUGUGGUUUAGGAACUUCAGGGUAAAGGAGCAAUUGCUCUUCUACACUUACUGCGUUUGGGGAUGGGGCGGCCCGACGUGUUUCCUGAUCGCCGCGCUGACGACGCAUCACAUGUCGGGCGAGUACUUGCGACCCGGCUUUGGCGAAUACUCUUGUUGGUUCAGCGGCGGUACACAAACGUGGGUGUACUUUUACGGGCCGAUCGCUAUUUUGUUAACGUUAAACACGAUCUAUCUCGGGAUGACCAGCUGGCGUUUGUGGCAUCAAUAUCGCGAUUACACGGGCAGCAAGCUGCGAGUCUUGCGAUUUAAGUGCCUACUGUACAUUAAACUGGUGUUCGUCAUGGGUAUUACCUGGAUCUUUGAACUGAUAUCAUUCGCCGUCGGGUCAAGAUUGGAUGAAUUCUGGAUAGUGACGGAUCUAUUGAACGGUCUUCAGGGAUUCAUCAUAUUCCUGUUGCUGGUCGCGACGCGGAAAAGAGUGCGGAAGCUGUUGGCGAAGAAGCGGCCGUGCGGUAUCGCCUUCCCGAAAUCCUGGGCCGCGUACGAGGACGAGGAGUGCGAAGAGGUGCUUCCCGAGGAGCUCGAGCUGUCUCAACAAGGAUAAGGCGCUCACACGCGUCUUCCUUGCGCAAUUUCUUUCCCAGGAUCACGACGCGCUUUAGACGUAAGAAAUAUCGCCUGGGAAAAGAUAAUCUUGAUUUACCUGUGCAUUAUCUGCAAUCAGGCGCAGAUAACGCGGCGUGUUGUCGAGCUUUUAAUUAAUCUGAUUCUAGAAUUAACUCGUUUGUACGCGCAUUUCAUUCUCGUGCUGCACGAAUAUUCUCGGUUUUGUAUAGUCUCAGUUAUGUUAGUCCGUUAUCACCCGCGCGAUUUAGUUUAAUUGUGAGACCAAUAUUAUUUUAUCGUGUCUCUCGUUAACACACGUGUGUAUCAUCACUUAUCCUUUUACGUAUAGCGCCAUAAGAGAGAGACCUAAAAAUAUGACGUUUGCCUGAUAACGAAUUAAGCAACACAAAUACAUGUUUCAAACGGCCGAUCAUUGUGGAACGCAAGCGUGCUGUUUUCACGAUUAGCGUAAUGGAGUACAUUAUUGUUAAGCGCUGCAUAAGAAUCUCUGUAAACAUUAUGCAAAUGUUGAUCCGAAUCGCAGAGAGUGUCUCUGCGCGCAGGAGAACACGUGGACACAGAAUUAUAACGACGAUCACAAUUA